AUGCGAAAGAACUUGGGUUCACACGGAUUCCUCGCUGUACUCCUCCUCUGUUUCUUCGCUGUUGGCAUCGUACAGGCAGAGAAAGAGAACUCCGCUGCAUCAAAUUACGAAGAAAGCGGCGGAAUAGAUAUACCAAAGCUCCCUGACGAAGCGGAGAGCACGUGGGUUCCAGACUUUGAUGACCUCGAUAUGGAUGCGGUCAUGCAAGAAACCGAGAACUCGCCUGCGGAGUCAAAAUUCCAAGACGUUGAGCCCAUCCGAGAGCAACCGGCGCCGUCCUCCAACAGCAGCGAGAUAGUGGCGCUAUCCUCCAACAAGAGCAAGGCGAUCCUAGAGGAGCUCAGCACUGCCGACCAGCAGAUUGUGGAGAUUCUUAGGGAAAUGAGGGAGAGUGGACAGAACAUGGACAUGAAGGUGUGGAGGAAGCUGAAGAGGGAGGGAGUGAGGGUAGCCCACAUGAAGGAAGCAGGGUUGGCGAAUGAGUUUGGUGUUCUGACCGACCCAACUCGAUCCAAGGAGUCUGAAAAGAUCGGGCGAACUUUCAAGGGGGUCGACGGGUCACUCCUCCUUAAAGACUCUCUUGGAAGAUUCCCAGCAUGGACGCGGCAAGGAGUUCAUUCCUCACAGCGCAUCGACACCAACCCUCUUGCACUCGUCACAGUCCGAGAUGGAACCCUGGUGGAUGCGCAGGGGGGGGAGAGGAAGGUGACCUUGUACAACCCGCUCUACGGCAUGCCCAAUGUCUCCUUCGACGUCGUGGUCCCGGAGGAAGUGAUAGAGCGGCACAGGAAUGUUAGCAAGUGCAUUAUGACGGCAGGUGGUAUCAUCUAUCGAGAUCGAGUCUUGGAGGAGUGGCCGGACAACGACUUCCGUCUCUUCAUCGGCGAUCUUGGCCAGCAUGCCACCGAUCAAUCUCUCACCAGCGUCCUCCGCGACUGGAAAGGUUUCAACAUGGCGAGGGUUGUUGUCGACCGUACCACCGGGCGCUGCAAGGGCUACGGCUUCGCCUCCUUCUCCUCCGCCGAGCAUGGCGUCGCUCUGAUCCGGCACCAGUGGCGGAGUGAAGACAAGAUUUGCCUCUCCGGGAGGCCGUUGGUGAUCAAGAAGAGCACGUGGCAGAAGAAAAUCCUCAGGCCAGAGAAGAUGCCGGAGCACAUGAAGCGCGUCUACGACUCCAUGGGGAUCCAGAAGGACGAGCUGCAGUGGCAACUUGACCUCUUUGCUCGCAAGGGGCUCAAGUUCAAGCCCGACAAGAAGCUGCGGAGUACGUGA